AUGAUUAAGGUGGCGAUUCUAAUUCAUCCUGAAGGUGUCCAUCGUUGCAAAUGGGAUAGUCAGUCAUCUGGAACGCAUCUCAUAGCUCGGGUUAAAGAAAAUACGUCAGUGAUACGACAUGAUACGAAAUCACGACUAAUGGGCUUAAUCUCCGCUAGAGAAGCAGUGAAUUUAUGUCGUUUUACCACAGAUCCGAAUGACGGAACUCGAUCAGUGGUCAUGGUAAGUGUUACGCACCCAUCUGCUCCUCUUCGUGAAGGUAUUGUUCGUGUGCAUACUCAUCCAUCUCUGCUAGUUAUUUCACCCAGCGGUUCUGACACCAAAGUCAUUUCGAUCAUACAAGCCGAACUGCAUUUAAUGGGAGUUCCUAACGGGAUUACGGAUACGCUUAUUCCUAAGGGUAUUAUGAAAUUCUUCGAUGAUCUCCAAUCUUAUGCAGCUAAUGAUCUGAAACUAAAUUUCAACGAUAGUCUGACUGGAUGGGUUUGA